UUCAGGGUCCCAACUGCAGAAUCUCGGGACAGCCAUCCUGGGAGUCUCUGUCAUGCCCCACGAGCAGGGUUCCCUGGAGUAGUGAGAAGGGAAGAGAAGUGGAGGUGGGGGGGGGGGGCGUCCCUGAAAUGGACCAGAGCAAACUCAAGCAAAGUCGCUAUUCAUUCGCCAGAGAACUUAAACUUGGUCUCCUAGCCUUCGUCUUGAUAGACUUGCAGAAAACCUUUUAGUAAAUUUGCACAAUUUGGACCCUUACUAUAAGUAGUCCCUUGUGACUCAUUCCUAAUGUGGCAUGAACAGUGCCAUGGGCAUGACUGUGCAAUACUAAGACCGGGAUCAAAGAUGGCACAAGAUUUUCCCGGAGGCUUGGAAAACUUGAGUCAUGCAAUGGGUAUCUAAAGAGAAAGAGGUCUUUCCCUGAGGUCUGUCCCCUGCCUUGAUUUCCUCUCCUUGGAGUAUCAUACAUCAGAAUGUCUGCACAGUCAGUGGAAGAAGAUUCAAUACUUAUUAUCCCAACUCCAGAUGAAGAGGAAAAAAUUCUGAGAGUAAAGUUGGAAGAGGACCCUGAUGUUGAAGAGGGAUCAAGUAUCCCCUGGAAUCACCUCCCUGAACCAGAGGUUUUCCGACAGCGAUUCAGGCAGUUUGGAUACCAGGACUCACCAGGGCCCCGUGAAGCUGUGAGCCAGCUUCGAGAACUUUGUCGUCUGUGGCUCAGACCAGAGACACACACAAAAGAACAAAUCUUGGAGCUGGUAGUGCUGGAGCAGUUUGUUGCCAUCCUACCCAAGGAGCUGCAGACGUGGGUUCGAGAGCAUCAUCCAGAGAAUGGAGAGGAGGCAGUGACAGUCCUAGAGGACUUAGAGAGUGAACUCGAUGACCCUGGGCAGCCGGUUUCUCUCCGCCGACGAAAACGGGAAGUUUUAGUAGAGGAGAUAGUCUCUCAGGAAGAAACUCCGGAGUUACCAAAUUCUGAGCUUGAUGCAGUGGAAAACCAGCUCAAGUGGGCAUCCUGGGAACUGCAUUCACUCAGGCACUGUGAUGAUGAAGCUAGGACUGAAAAUGGAACUCUAGCUCCAACGCAGGAGAUCCCUUUGGCAGUAGAAUCUCAUGAAGUUCCUGGAACUCUGAAUAUAGAUGUUCCUCAGAUUUUUAAAUACGGAGAAACCUGUUUUCCCAAGGGCAGAUUUGAAAGAAAGAGAAAUCCCUCUCGAAAGAAACAACAUAUAUGUGAUGAAUGUGGAAAACACUUCAGUCAGGGCUCAGCCCUGAUUCUUCAUCAAAGAAUCCACAGUGGGGAGAAACCGUAUGGAUGUGUUGAAUGUGGGAAAGCAUUCAGCAGAAGUUCCAUUCUUGUGCAGCAUCAGAGAGUCCAUACUGGAGAAAAACCUUACAAAUGUCUUGAAUGUGGAAAAGCCUUUAGCCAGAAUUCUGGGCUCAUUAACCAUCAGAGAAUCCAUACUGGGGAGAAACCUUAUGAAUGCGUUCAGUGUGGGAAAUCCUAUAGUCAAAGCUCAAAUCUUUUUAGACAUCAACGAAGACACAAUGCAGAAAAACUUCUGAAUGUUGUGAAAGUCUAGGAGGUUUUUGUUUUGUUUUGGUUUAUAAAUCAGCACUCAGGUCUUUUCUUCAGAAAUGAAGAUAAAAUUAAAAAUUAUUCAUAAUAGUUUUAUUUCCCUAUAGACUGCUAGAAAAUCUAGGAAAUGUGGAAAAGUUACCAUCCACUAUUACUUUUUCUUGAGAGAAAUGGUGUCAUACCUACCUGGAAACUAAAAUUUUAAACUUAUUCAGGUGUUAAUACCUAAAGCUCCCAUGUGAUGUUUAUAUUCUUGCUAUUUGUUCCAGAUAAUGAACUAUCUUAUUCUUUGUCCCAUUCUUAAAAGUUACCUUUGUAGACCAAUACACUAUUUCUGUGUUGCUCACUGACAUGUUCUUGUCAAGGAUACAUUCCCUUUUACACUAGAAAUUACAAAGUCAGAAAAAUAAGACUCGUUUUAAAAUGUACCCUUCUGUUCCCUUUUACCAAGUUUGAACACACACAUUUCAGAAAAUGGAAGAUAAAUGUUGUCUAAAAGCUCAACUAAGAAGUGGUAUUGAUUAAAUAUCAGAAAAUGAGUGGGGUGCCCAGAUCGGGGAAGAUAAGCAAGUCUUUGUCCCAGAAUUGAAACUUACCUGGUGUGAUUUUCUGCCUCCAGAAAACUCGAACUUAGUGCAUCCUCUCUGCAAUUUGAAGGAAUCUCACAGCUGAAAAUAUUCUCCCCAGCACUAUUAGAAAUUGAACAGCCAAAACAACCAUAAAACAAACUAGAAGUAUGACACAAGGGAAAAAUUGUAGUGAAUAGCACUCAUGAAAGGCAAAUGCAGACCUACGAGUAAUGGUCUAUCUUGGCUUUCCAAAAAGACUUGAAGGUCUAAUUUAUUGUUAUUUGCCUUAAUUUUUGUUAAGGACAAAAAACAUUCCUGAUAGGUGAGCAGCAAGUAUCAGGUUUGUUAUUUGAUUCCUUUGGUACAAAAGGGAUGAACAGCAGGCUAGCAAAGCAGUCGUGCAUUGAUUAUUAAUAUUUUCUCACGACAAAGACACUGUGCUAGGUACUGUAACUACUAUAAGUAGGUAGGUAUUUCUUCCACUGUAAGUCAUUGGAGGUGUGGUACAAAACUGUUCGCACGUGUUAGGCUUUUCCUGUAUCUAAGCCGUCCUGGGUGAGGUCACCUCUGAGGUUCUCUGACCAGGGUGUUCUGUUCCGGGGAAAGAAAGACUCAGUUUAAAGAGCUAGCCAGCCAGGCUCACAUUGCUCAGAGUUGAAUCCAAGAUGUCCUUUCUCUUAACCACAUUUUGGAGGUUUGUGAGUCUAUAAAAACUAACCAACUUUUAGUAGCGUUGAGGUUAUACUUAUAUGUUGAGUUGAAUGGACUGUUCUAUUUUAAAAAUAACUAGGUUAUUAACUAGUUUAUUAACUAUCAGGAUUAAUUGAACUAUUUCUUUUUUAAUUUUCAGUCUUUUUUUAAAUGUAUAAAAGUAAUACAUUGUAGUAGUAGGAUUAUAUACUCCUUGGCUGAGAAUCCCAGGUACUGUGGUUCUAAUAUUUAGUGGAAAACUCUGGAAGUUAAAAUGCAGAACAUGAGAAAAAGCUUUUUUUUAUACUGGGCAUUGUAUGAAAAAUGACCCAUGUAUAUACACAUUAUUUCAUAGUUCCAGAGAUUGUGGUGACAUCAGGUGCUUGGAUCAAAUUUAAAAAAUGGAAGGUGAGAUUUGCAUGAGCCUUUUAAAAGGUGCAGUAAUAAAUGCAAAGCCAGCUGGUAAAGUAAGGCAGGAUGGAGCUUGUUUAUAGAUUUCUGAUAACAAUUCUAAGAAAUGUGCUUUAUAGAUUAAGAUUUAUUGAAGUAUAAAUAUGUAGUAAUGUUAUAAUGUAUUUUAAGUUAUACAAGAAUAUGUAGGGACUUUCAUUUGGGUCUUUUUCUCUUUGUGGCUGAGAGACACAACUCAGUGUCCAAUAAAGCUAUAAACUCCUCCACUCUAAAGUAAAAUAAUCCUGGGUUGAUUGGAUUAUUUAUAACAGUCUUCUUUCCCAAGUAGGUUUUGAGGCGGCAUAUUUGAAAUUGUGCUGAUAGAUUGUAUCAGAGUAGGUGGUAAAGCUAAUCUCUUUGUGGCUGGAAGUCUAUACUUUUUAAGAUCUUGCAUCUUCCCUGUCUACAGAGAAACUUCCCCUCUGCUUGAUUUGUUAAAAAUGCCAAAGAUGUUUGGUAUGAUGUCAGAGCUUAGAGCAAGUAGUACUAGAGUUGGCUGUAUGUGUUUAUCUUAGUCCGCUCUAAUACUUGUGCGUUGUUUAGAAAGGAUUCCAAAGUUAAAGCACAGCAUUGUGGGGAAAGUGAGCCAGACCCAGAAAAUCUGGAUAAUGGUAUACAGGAAGAAGUAGUGUACUAGCUUAGUUUGACUCAGUCCCCACUUAGCAUACUGGUUUAAAAUAACUCCUGUGACUUAUUUCACUGAGAUUCAUUUUAUCCACAUACAUAAUCAUAGCAGUGGGGAUGGGUAGCUGGCUAGCUGGCCUCUGAAGUAAUCUGAGUGUCAGGCCUCAGACUAGCAAAGUAGUAAUCAUCAUAAAUUGCAUGCACACUGCUGAUACCUGCCCAGCAGCCACUGGGUUUUGUUCAUUACGACUACAUUUUCACUUGAUUUCCUUGGAGACUAGGCUCUCCCCACAUUUGCAGCCAGUUAGUUGGUUCUUGAUCAUUUAACAGUAUGUCUGUCAUUUAUAUAAGUUGAAGAGGUUAUCUAUACUAAAGUAAUCUGCAUGUCAGACAUUGGAUUAUACCUCUCCCACUUAGAUUUGUAGACUAGGAAGUAAGAUUCAGAGAUUGUGUGACUUGCAUGUGGCCAAUUAGAAGACUCAACCAGUUCUGUGAAAUCCAGAGGUAUAUAUUUUUUUCACUAUUCCAUGAGUGAUGGCUGUUAAAUCUUGAUCAGUAAAUUUUAUGCUUUUAUCUUUUGUGGUUAACAAAUGUGAAAGCCAUUGUCCAUGCUUGUUUGAAUUUUGUACUGUCAGUACAGAAGUAUAAAAUGAAAAAGGACAUUCCUUCUCACAGUCUUAAGUGAUAAUUAUUUGAUUUGUAUUCUUUCAGACUUAGGCAUAUACAUAUUUAAGCAAAAAAUGUGUUAAUAGCUAACACUUGCAGUCACUGUAUCCGGGCACUGUUUGAAGCGCUUUACCGUGGCUUAACUUUUCAUUCUCACAGAGAUCAUAUGAGGUAGGUACAUAGCCCUGUUUUACAUGUGCUACACUGAAACUUUAUUCCCCCUUCAGUGUUGACAUUGUUUUUCAUCGGUUUCCUAUUCCAUUGCAUGAAUAUACUGUUGUUUAUUUGACCAGCUCCUUGUUGAUAGCUGAUUUGGGUCACUCAGUUUUACUCUAUAGAGAGAUUAUAGCUGGCAUUCUAGUACAUAGAAUUUGCUGUGCUUUGUGGGUAUUUUUGUAGGAUAACUAACUGGAAGCAGAUUUAUUGGGUCAGAGAAGGAGCACAUUUAACAUUAUGAGAAACACCAUCAGAAAUAUCAUACCGAUAUACAACUCUAUCAAUAGUUUUAAGAGUGUUUGCCCUCACUCACAACCCUGAGUCCUGAAAUAUUUUUACCAAUCUGAUGUGCAAGUGUAUCUUUGUUUGAUACUAAUAAGAAGCAUCUUUUCAUGUGUUUUACCAUUAGCACCUGCUGUUUGUGAGCUUCUACUUUUACACUGUACAAAACUCGAGUGAUGCACAAGUAUGAUGGUAAAGAGAAGCCCUUUUCUCCACUACCUUCACUUCCAUUCUUUGUGCCUGUAGGCUACUUCCUGUACAUCCUUCUUGUGCCCUUUGUGCAUCUCUCGGUGUGCUGUGCAUACAUGUAUAAAUGUAAUUGUAUGUGUUACAGUUUCCUUUUGUUUGUUUUGUCAUGCUGCCAGGGUUUUCAUGCCUGCAUGAUUCCCCUGCUUCAGGCAACUUUUUUUUUUUUUUUCUUUAAUAAGGAAGGUAAGGACGAAGGAAGGUGAGAACGCCAAAAGAAAUUCCACAACACUUACAUUGCUACUGCAGGUGCUCCCAUGUGGUGGCCAGAGACUUGAAGCUAGGUCCUAGAGUGUGAUGGAGUGUGCAGUCUGCUAGGUAAUCCAGCUCAUGGCACUCUACAGCUUCCUUUUUGUUUAUUUAUUUAUUUAUUUUGUCUUAAAAACUAUGCUGAAAGUCUUUACAUUUCUUGAAUGGUAGAAUGGAAUUCAGUACCAUGAAAAUGCCAUUAUUUAUUUGCUUGCUUUCCCUUGCUGUUGGUAUUGCCAAAGCAAACAUCUUUCUUCAUGUCUUUGUUCUGGUUGUUAGUACUUCCUUAGGAUGGAGCUGUAAGUGGACUGAUGAGUCAAAGGGUGUGCUGUCUGGUAAACCCACCUUAACUUGCGUCAUAGCUUUAUUUUCACCAACUAUACAGAAAGUGCUUACCUUCCCUUGACAAUUUUUUUUUUUUUAAUCUGAUGGGCAAGAAAAGAAUCCUUUUGCAUUUCCCUGGUUAAUGGUGAAGUUAAGGUCAUUGUCAUGUCUAUUGGCCAUAUAUUGUUUUGCCAUGGGUUGUUCAUAUCUAUUGGGUUCUGUGUGGAUAUAUGUUUGUUUGUUAAGCAUCUCUUUUCUGGUCUUCUGGUAACAGCCCUUAUUUAUUGUGAGAACCCAUUCCUUGUGGAGGUGAGUGCAUAACCAGGCCUGGCCUUCUUGAGUCUCACAGCCCCUUAGCCACAGUGAUUAAAAAUAAAGAAUGGGCAUGUAACUCAAGCCAGGCUAACUAGAGCCUUCCACAGGACUUCUGCUGGAACUCUUGAAAAGAAGGCUCUGUGGAGAUACCAGGAAAUAAGGACUGUAAGCCUGAAUUUGUGUUUUGUGGAGAAAGCCUACCUGAGGAGAAACUUAGAUGCUAGCAGAAAGGAAAGAGAACUAAGUUGAGAUGUCACUUUUCUGGAGGCCCUAGAUCCAGCUGUGCCUAAAGCCUGCCCUACCUCUGGACUUUAAAGAUUUGUGAGCCAAUAAAGUCCCUUUCUUGUUUAAGAUAAUUGAAUUGGGUUUCUGUCCUAAUUAAUAUAGCUUGUUUGUAUUUUCUUAUUGAUUUGUAGAAAGCCUUUGUAAUUUCAAAUUCUAGACUGAUAACUUUAUGAACUAUAUAGAGGUUAAUAAAAUUAGCAUGGCCUUCCAU